AUGCCUGUCCCAUACGAAGCACUCAUCCCAAUGGGACUCGUAGGAGUCAUGUUCUUCGUCACCGGAACUGGCUACAAUGCACUGGCGAGGUACCGCAACGAUGGAAAGCCAAUCAGACAUAGCAUCGAUGAAUUCGAGUCGAUGAUGAUGAAGCGCGAUGAGAGAUUAACAGGGUCAAUGAGAGGGCAAGCAACAAAUCCGACCGCACCGAAAGAAUUCGCGACGAAUAGUGCAUGGAAUACAGAAAGAGUGCUGUGAGGGCUGGACGGUAGGACCUCGAGCUCAGCAGAGAUCGGGUAGUAGCUCGCUCGCUCCGACAUAGGAUUUGAGGACGCUUUACAAUGCAUACAGACUCUAUAGCAUUAGUACAGUGACAGCGCAAGCUUCUUAAGUCGCAAAGAGGGCGUCCAAGGCAGUGAUCAGAGAUGCGACAAUGAUUUGCAGAGGUAGUGAAUGGCUAAUGUACAAUAGAGGAUGUUCGGAAGCUGAGGAAGGCGGCUAGAUCUGAGUUGGUGCUUCGAAAGCAAAUGCGCUUUCAUCUGACGAUUCGGAUGCCCAUGCUACGAGCGCUUCCAGCUAUCACCUUACACAUCUGGAAAGAGGUCGCCCAGAGAAGAGAAGAGGGUAGUCAAAUGUCAGUUCCAUGCGUCUGCCCCCUCUUUCCGCCUGCCACUCUUCUACCCAGCUUUGUUGGACUUACCUUCUCCUCAUCAAUUCCCGGCACAUCCUUCAUCUUGAUCUUU